GUUUCGCCCAUCGCUUACCACCGCCAGCCCCGCCGCCGCAGCGUCAAGACAUAAGCAAUGGGCUCCAACAAACCCCGUGGACUUCAGGCCGCGCGCAAGCUGCGCAACGAUCGCCGCGAGAACCGCUGGGCGGACAAGGCGUACAAAAAGCGCGCCUUGGGCAACAUCUACAAGACGUCCCCCACUGGUGGAUCGUCCCACGCGAAGGGCAUCGUGCUCGAGAAGGUCGGCGUUGAGGCCAAGCAGCCCAACUCUGCUAUCCGGAAGUGUGUCCGCGUGCAGCUCAUCAAGAACGGCAAGAAGGUCACCGCUUUCGUGCCCAACGACGGUUGCCUGAACUUCGUCGACGAGAACGACGAGGUCCUCAUCUCCGGCUUCGGUCGCCGGGGUAAGGCAAAGGGUGAUAUUCCGGGUGUGCGCUUCAAGAUCGUCAAGGUCUCUGGCGUCGGUCUGCUCGCCCUCUGGAAGGAGAAGAAGGAGAAGCCCCGCUCAUAAAUUCCUUCCUCCUACGUAUUACUACCCGUUUGCAUGUCGAAUGCUCUCCUGCGAUUUUGGGCCCCCGCGCUGUGACUAUAUGACACCCAUGUUGUACGCUUCACAUAAGAUAUGCCGCCUAUGCCAUUCUCUACCUCCCUCCCAAAAGUAGCGUAUGCUCUUCCUUUUUUCAGCUUCGGUUCAGCUCGCCUCUGCGGUAUCGAUGAGGGGGAUGCGGUCGGGCGUGGGAUAUGUUUGACUUGCCUGGUGACUUUUACGUGCGGGCGGCAAGAGGACGUUUGAACGCGAAUGGGUUGCGGUACUGCCGCACUUGCCCUUGUUUCCUG